AUGACUGGAAGAACCUUGUCCAACUCUUCAGAUAUUUCGGUCGUCUCGACAGGAUCUCGCUCCGACGCCGACGACCUGCUCAUGUCCGGGCUCAAUACGCCAGCGUACGAAAAGCCAAAGUCAGGCCAGGAUGGGUUCAACACGUCAACGGCCCCCGAGUUGUGCUCUCCCAAAGGCGAAUCAUCCGCACCAUGUCUUCUCGACCUAUCUUCUCUUCAAUCUGCACGAUACAAUCGAACUCGCUCAAUUCCUCUUGACCUGUCUCCUACGACUAGUACUCUUCGAAAAAUAAACUCGGCUCCUGCCUGCACGCCCACACCUCCCGAUCCUUUGUCAGCCCGUAGCGAUCUCCCUGGUGGUUACUUUUCGUUCCACGAAGAUCCCAAGGGUUCUACCUCUCGCCCUCAAUCAACCAAAACCGAAGGCCGACUGCCUAGACACAAGGCUGCUUCUCUCACUGUCGACUCCUCCUUUCAAGCCGACCUCCGUGGCGCUCCCCGAUCUGUAGCCAUGGCGCCAUCAAUCCACCUCUCUCCUAUGAUUGCUGCCGACCCUUCAGGUUCAUCCACCGUCAACACACCCGUUACCUCGUACCUUCCCAGCGGCGUUCACGAUACAUCCUUGCCAAUGGGCAAGUACUAUCCUUCGAACUACGAGCGAAACAGUAGUCAAGACGGCCGCAUAGGGCCUUCUGGGCCCCCAAGCCGUGUAUCGUCAACAAGAUCAGAAGGCCACAUCCCCACACGUGACGCCUUCAGGUCAUCUUCACGACAAGACUCCGAGGUCCGUCGCAAACUACAACAAUACCAACGAGACAUGAUCGCCCAGGCGAGACUGGCGGCGAGCGAAGUGCUUGGAAGUUCGCCCAGUCAAGUUACCGCGGCGGUUCCCAGCUCCACUAUUACCUUGAAUGGGGUACCCUUGACGAGCCUACACCAUAUCGGAAGCACCGGCAUCCACAAACCCAUCUCACCGAGGCUUUUGCCACUGGGAAGCCCGGGACCCGUGACGCCGAUGGAUCUGGAAGGAGGAUUAGGGCAGAGUGGAUACCUCGAUCGGGGUCGCAAUGAUGAGAUUGCCCGCGUGUUGCGGGCCGAGGAAGACCGUAUCCGCCGGGAGGGAGCAACUUCACCGGCGGUGGAAGCGGGUCCGCAAGUUUUCUAA